UUUCGGCCAUAUCUUUGUUUGGCAAAUAAGGCUGUGUUUUAGAAAUUAUAGCUAAUUUAUUUUAAUUAAUACCUUAAUAGUCGCUCUAGUUUUGAUAAGGUUUGGGGUUUCUAAAUGAAUAGUUCAGUGCUGGAUCCGGAACUUCAAAUGCCCGAGUUUCUUGGGGUAAAGUCACUAGAACGAACCAGAAAACGGAAAGGAAAUUUUGAUGAUACUUUUUCUUUAAACAAGGAAUUAAAUCAAUCUGCCUCAGAAUUGUCGGAGUCACCAGAAGGGUUGAGUUCUCUUAACCCUGCAAAGGAAGUUCGAAGAGAUGAUCGCAGUUUUGAAGCACUGAUGUCCUUACAAACUGGCAGUCCGAGCAUAAAUUCGUCCAACCAGGCAGUCCCAAUGAGUGCUAUAACGACAACGAAUAUUCCACUAGCGGCCGAUGAUUUAGGGUCAGAAGAAUAUUUACCAAAGCCAGCUACGGAUGCAGGAAUUGUUGAAGGUUCUGCUUCAACGGUGACUACUGGACCACUUUUAAUGAACACGAGUUUAAAAAAAAAUCCUCCCCAAGAUACUAAUUCUAGAGGUAACGCUAGGUGGACUGCAGAACAUUGGGAUUAUCUUGAGCAGCGGAUGCAAGAGUUUUGUGAUGCAUUUCAGAUGACACAUCAACAAGUUGGAGAGCUUUUGCAAGAUAAACGCCUUCAUGGACCACUUUCAUCACUUGUUAAGAUAUUAGUAGAUGAAAUGCCAAGCUUUACAAGAAGAACAAUCCUACGACAUUUGAGAGCCUUUUAUAAUAUUCCUGGUUACGAAAAAUAUAGCCGGAGAAACUCAAGUGGAAAGGGCGACUUUGGUGUUCAGGAGACAGCCAUUAUAGCCCAGGAAGUACGGAACUUUAUUUUGGAGCAAGGUUGGACUGAAUACCAGUUCUGCAAUCAAAUUUGGGCAGGAAAAUGCCCAAAGCCCAUUCGUGCCUUUUAUUCUAAUUUAUAUAAAAAACUCUCACAUCGAGACGCAAAAAGUAUAUAUCACCACGUUAGGAGAGCUUAUAACCCAUUUGAGGAGCGCUGUGUGUGGAGUAAGGAAGAAGAUGAAGAGUUGAGGAGAAAUGUUUUGGAGCAUGGGAAAUGUUGGACCAAAAUUGGCCGUAAAAUGGCACGCAUGCCAAACGAUUGCCGGGAUCGUUGGCGUGAUGCAGUUCGUUUCGGCGAUCGAUUGAAACGCAAUGCAUGGUCUUUGGAUGAAGAAACUCAGCUAUUGCAAAUCGUGGCAGAGUUACGGAAUCGAGAGGAUAUUAGUUCCGAUAUUAACUGGACCUUAGUAGCACAACUUUUGGGAACAAGGACGAGGUUGCAAUGCCGAUAUAAAUUUCAGCAGCUAACCAAGUCUGCUCCCAAAUUUGAACUACAAGAUAACGUUUGGCUCUUGGAGAGAAUUUACGAUUCACUUGUCAAGUAUGGAGAUCAAAUUCAUUGGGAUGGUAUCGUGAGAGAGGCAAAUGGGCGCUGGUCCCGUGAUCAAAUACUGUUUCAGUUUAUUAAUUUGAAAAAAAUGAUUCCAAGUUAUGAUAACUUCCCCCUUCUAGAGGCUACACAAUCCGCUAUUUCCGAUUUCAAAGUAGUACUCUCCGGAUUUUCUGGCUGAAUUGAGGUUGGUUAUAAUUUUCCAUGUCAUCCGUUUUCCUCUAUUCAAUAUAUUUUUACGCUUUGUCUUUCUAUCUAGUCAUUCAACUUCUUUUCUAUUCCUGUUGUUCGGUCAACUCUCGGUGAAUUCGGUAUUUUUAGAGGUUUCGAGGUUUCGUGUAUAAAACGGAUUUCAUGUACGAAAAACCCAUUUAUUUUGAUGUAAAUUUCCAAGAAAAUUGAC